AUGGCAGCACGUCAAGUGCUGGGCUUUCCGCGAGCACGGCUCACUCUCACUCCCCAUUCCCGGAACCUGAUUCCCUCAGUACAGCGACAACAUCGGCCAACCUUUGCUCCCCAGGCCUAUCAGUCGACACGAUGGGCAUCACAACAAUCCAAUAAUAUCCCCGAGGGGAAUGGACAGGAAAAGCCCAAUCCGCAACGCCCGAUUACCAGAGAAAAAUGGAUCAUCAUUGUGUUGUCGACGAUGCUCUUUGUGGAUGUUUCAAAAAGUUAUUGGAAGGACUUGUUGGAGAAGGACGAGCGUUCACUGGAAAAGCCGACCUACGCAAGCCACAAAGAAAUGCUUGAAGCUGCAAACGAGAUUGCUCAGGUCCUGGGACAAGACGCCGUCACAUACGAUACCGAUGUUCUUGAACACCACGGCCAUUCGGACUGGUCAACAUCCAACUCACCCGGGCGUGCCGUCUCCGUUGUCUACCCACGCACAACUGACCACGUAUCUGCCAUCGCCCGUAUAUGCAGUGCUCGCAAUGUCCCCAUGGUUCCCUUUGGCGCUGGUUCCAGCGUUGAGGGCAACUUCUCCCAGCCAUAUUCCGGCAUCUGCAUCGACUUCACCUACAUGGACAAGGUCAUUGCCUUCCACCCAGAUGACAUGGACGUGGUCGUUCAGCCGGGCGUUAACUGGGUUGAUCUCAACAACCAGAUCGCCCAUACAGGGCUCUUCGUGCCUUUGGACCCCUCUCCCACUGCCACGGUUGGUGGAAUGGUCUCAACCAAUUGCUCCGGCACCAACGCCAUGCGUUACGGGACUAUGAAAGACUGGGUGCUCAACCUGACCGUCGUCCUCCCCGAUGGUCGGGUCAUCAAGACACGUCGGCGGCCUCGCAAGACAUCGGCUGGCUACAACUUGACUUCUCUCUUUGUCGGCGCCGAAGGUACUCUGGGCAUAGUAACCGAGGUCACCUUGAAGCUCGCUCCUAUCCCCAAGGAAACCAGCGUUGCUGUCGUCUCUUUCCCUACCAUUCACUCUGCCGCAGCCGCCGCUUCCAAGCUGAUUCGCUCCGGGAUCCAGCUCGCUGCUCUGGAGCUCAUGGACGACGAGCAGAUGAAAUUGCUCAACAUCCACGGAAGCGAUGCAGUCCGCAAGCGGGCUUGGGACGAGAAGCCUACCUUAUUCCUCAAGUUCAGCGGGACCACCAAGGACGCCAUCAAGAGCGAUGUGUCCAGCGUAGGCGAGAUCAUCAGACCCUGGACAGACAGCAAGUUCCACUUUGCAAAGACGAAGCAGGAUGAGCUGGACCUCUGGUCUGCGCGCAAGGAAGCCCUCUUUACCAUGGUAAACACUCGGCCCAAAGGCACGGAGAUCUGGUCUACGGACGUGGCCGUGCCCAUUUCAAGACUGGCGGAAAUCAUCGAAAUCUCGAAGCAGGAGUGCGGAUCCCUGGGCUUGUUUGCCAGCGUCAUUGGCCAUGUGGGUGAUGGAAACUUUCACGUCUCCAUGAUGUACGACCCUACAGAUUUGCAGCAGAAGCAGGCGGUCGCCAAGUGCGUUAAAAAUAUGAUGACACGAGCGCUGGAGAUGGAGGGUACUGUAAGCGGGGAGCAUGCGAUUGGUAUUGGGAAGAAGGAGUGCUUGGUGGACGAGCUCGGAGAAGAGACCAUUGGGCUUAUGAGGCAGCUCAAGGCUUCGGUUGAUCCAAAAUGGAUCAUGAAUCCGGGAAAGGUGUUUGACUGGAUGGGGUAA